CUUUGCCCUACACUCAUUCGGUAAAUAGUUAAAGCACUUGUGUAAGGAGCAGCACAUUCCUCACUUCACAACCUGGAUGGAUACACUUUUUAGGAAUAAUCAGCAACAAAACUAGAAUGACAAGCACAGGAUUCUUUACAAUCCAUUAAGAGGGAUAGGAGUUCAUUUCCACAACAAUAAUCCUGUGGUCUGAUCUCUGUGGAGAUGGCCUGGGGUCUGGUUUCCAUGACAUUAAAGGGUCUGUUGUCAGUGGUGAUUCUACUGUGGACUGCCACAUCCACAGAAGGGAGAGACGUCCAUGUAGCCUGUGUGUUCUCAGAGGAUUGUGUCCUGCCCUGCAGCUUCCUGCCUGGCAGUGAGGAAGUAAUCCACUGGAUGAAACCAGAAGACAAGGACCUGACCGUCCACUCCUACUACUACAGUACAGAUCAGCUCAAACAGCAGAGCCAGCGUUUCAGAGGGAGAACAGCCCUGUUCAAUGACCAGAUCCCCAAAGGAAACGCUUCACUACUGCUGAGAGGGAUCACACUCCAGGACCAGGGCAGAUACAAGUGUUACACCAGCACUAUUAAAGGCAACAUGGAGUCCUUCAUUAACAUAGCAGUGGAAGCUCCAGUCCACUUGGUGGACAUACAGUUAUCAGAUGACAUCAUCACCUGCAGUUCUACAGGUAUCUACCCUGAGUCUAAACUCACCUGGUCAACUGACCCCCCCUCUGACCUUUCAUUUGACCCUGGAACCAUCCAGAACUCCACCAGCAUCAAGGUGGAUGACCGGGGCCUCUAUAACAUCACCAGCACAAAACAGUUUAGCAGAGACCGAACCAACAUCUGUACCGUGACCUCUGGGACAAUAGAAAGGACAGCAACCCUGAAACAGCAAGAUCCGGUCCAAGGAUCUCCAAGCAGUGAGGUGUCCAUCCCCUGCAGUGUCUCUCAGUCUGACCUCCUGACCUUUGACCUCACCUGGACGUUCAACCAGAUAGUCACCAUCCUUACCUCCACCUCCACCAAUGGUACAGCUCAGAUGUAUGUUGUUGACAAGUGGAAGGAGCAGGUUCAGAAUUUGUCUGACUCUGGCAGCCUUCAGCUCCACAAGUUAACCAUGGUCCACCAGGGGACCUACAGCUGUGAACUCUCUACUGCCAGAGACACACACCUGAUCCUCACCUACCUGCAGAUCACACCUGAUAAACUAUCUGAUGUUUCAGAUGGACUGAGUCCAGGUUCAAUCACUGGUAUAAUAAUAGCAGCAGUGAUUAUAGCAGCAGUGAUAUGUUACCUGCUGAGAGGUUUUCUGUGCAAAUCCAAAAAUCCCACAAGGUCUCAAAACAACAUCUCACCUGAAGAGGAAGUGUCACUCUCUGCCGCAGCAAAUACAAAUGGUCCAAAUGAAAAUGAUCAGAGUGGAAAACCACUUCAGAAUGAAGAAGAAAGAGAGGAAGACAGAGAAAGACAACAACAAGGUCAAGGAGAAGAGGGGUCAGCCAUAUCAACUUUAGUAAUUCCUUGAAUUAAGGAGAGAACAUUGACCCAGGGGAGGACAAAGAGGAAAGUUGAAAUUGCGGUAAUUGUCCAAUUGCAUACAGUACUAAGAUGUGUGUCCAGAAGAGACUGUUACAAGGAGUACUUGUUACUGGGACAAGGUCCCCAUCUACUGGUUUUCAUGUGUAUUACAUCUUAAACUGGUUUGUGGAUCCGCAUUCAUCAGGCAGCGUUCAGUGCCGCAUGAUCGUACUAGAUUCUACACAGGACAAUAAGGCAGGGAGGAGUUUUCAUUCAUGACAAUAACCCUGGUGUCUGGUUUCCGGUUUCCGUGGAGAUGGCCAGAGUUCAGGUUCUCGUGACAUUAAGGGGUCUGGUGUCGGUAGUGAUUCUGCUAUGGACUGUCACACCCAUGGAGGGUGGAGGUGAGCAACAACCAUCAUUACAGUUGGUGUUAUUUUAGCUGUCUUUACCUUCUGUCUAUCUCUGUCUGUCACAAAAAACUAAAUUCCAUGGUGAUUGCUAGCCACAAUUUCUCUGGGCCCCACCAAGUAGGGUUGUCGCUGUCUAUAGUGCUGAAAUUGCAACAUGUCUAUGCGGCUACAUGUCUAUCGAAACGAUGAUAUUCUUUCUAAGGUGCAGGGCAUGGCUUUGCUUUAGCUAAUGGACACAUGUUUAUAGGUAGGCCUAUUUGGUCGUCACUUUCUCAGGUUACGGCUAACAUUUCACGAAGCUAUAGAGCCUACACUGUGUCUCAAGUGGCAAUAAUGCAAUUACAAUGAUAGAAAUGUACUGUACAUUUUACAGUAAAUUACUGGCAGUUAAGUUGCCAACAAAGUACUGUGAACUUACAGUAUUUUAUUGGCACUUUAUUGCCAGUAAAUUACUGUAAAUGAGGCACCAGUAACUUACAGUAAAUAUAUUAUAGUACCGUAAAUGAACAGUAACUCACUGUAAAUCAACAUUAUUACAGUACUUUAUUGGCAACUUAAUUGCCAGGAAAUUACUGUAAAUGGGAUACCAGUAACUUACAGUAAAUAUGUAUCAUAGUACUGUAAAUCAGAUUCCAGAACCCAAAUGUAAAUACACAUUUUGUUCCAGCAUUUGAUUGGCUACAUAAUUACCAGUAAAUGUAUGUAAAUUGCUAUUACAGUGUUGUAAAUGAGAAUCCAAUGCCCUGUUGUACGUUGAGUAACAUAAUAUUAAUGUAAAUUGCUGUAACCAUUCAAAUGAAACAACGUUGUGUUCAGCAAAAGAAUAGAAGACAAGAAACGUAAGUACAGUUAAAUUAACUUUAAGUGGACAGCAACAGCAGGUUUCCAUUUUAAUAUAGGUCUACAUGUACAAUAAUAUAGGUCUACAUGUACAAUAACAAACUGUAGUACAAUAUGUCCCCACUAUCACAGUGACAAGUAAAUGUCCUCUUAGAAGUAGAUUGAGGUAAACAGGGGAUGUAAGCGCCAGCCUUUUAAUAAACUAAACAUAACCCUAAACCUACAACAGUUAUGGUUGUGCUGAGGUACAAUAAAGAUGACUUUCAAAGUGAGUGAGUGAGUGAGUGAGUGAGUGAGUGAGUGAGUGAGUGAGUGAGUGAGUGAGUGAGUGAGUGAGUGAGUGAGUGAGUGAGUGCAAGAAGGAAGUAAUACAUACCCAGUAACAUGAGUUGAGGAAAUGCUCAUUGAAGUUAUUCUCCCAGUCAUGUCUGACAUAGACCAUUAGAAUUGCAUGGUUAGCCACAUCUGUGGAUUCAUCCAUCUGCAGUGCGUAUUGGCCAUUUGCACUGAUGUGUAAUGUCUGGAGCGUUAUGUUCUCAGACAUGUCCUGGAUUCUCCUCCUCAUGAUGUCAUUGGAUAAGGGGGAUGGUUUUAAGUUAAUUGGUGGCUUACUCCCAAGAUUUCACUGCACACAUCAAUCACAGAGAUCCCCUGCACUGGUGUCAGCUUUUUUUGCACUUAGCAAUGCGCUGGGUCACAAGGUAUGAUGCGCAAAGGGCCUUUUCUUGUACGGUUGAUACAUUCUUCAAUUAAUCUUGUGAGGCCUCCAGAUAAUUUCCAAUUUUUUUUAAAAGUCAGCUGUCUUAUCUUUGUGGCAUGGAUGCUUGGUGUCCAGAUGCCUUCUCAUUUUAUAUAGGUAUUUUCUCUUCUUGACAGGGAUCGAUCUGUCUGCCUUGAUAUUGACAUUGGAGACAGCAGUAGAUGAAGAGGGAGCUGCACGGUUUAAAAACGUCUCUAUGAUUGUACUUUGACAGCUAGCCUAUUUGAGUUAAAUGACAGUUAACUAUCCACAUGUGCAAUGCCUGCAGAACAUGUCAUCAUAGUUAGCUGUCAAUCAAGAUAGCUGUCAGAAGAAGAUCUGUAAUAUCUGAUUGGACAAGUCACAUUUAAGUAUUUUUAUUGGAUCAGUGUUUGUUUGUGUAGAGAAAUAUGUCAUUUCAUUGGAUAUGUUCGUGUGGGUGGGGCGAGAAGGUUAUUGUAUUGGUCAGUGAGUGUGUGCAGCGCGAAAACCCUCCGAGACUGAACCUAGCUAGCCAUACAUUUUCACCACUGCAGACGCGCUGCACGUGUAACGUCAGCAACAAUAAGCGUGGUUGACCUUCAAAAUAAUGUUUAAAUAAAAGUUGUGACCCUCCAGUUGAGAAUCACUGUAUUAAAGAACAGUGGUUUUCCUUAGUAUUUCUUAGACAAGAAAAUAAAACAAUAUCAAUAACACAGAAAUAAUUACAUAAAUAUUAAAAUUGACAAUAUUUAUGAAAAUGUUAUGUGGUUUCCAUGACAUCCACAAAAAACAACUAAAUCCUCUGUAAAUAGGAAAGUAAAUGCAAAACAUUUGAUUGGUUAACCUUUUUAGGUAUGCCGCUUUGGAUAAAAGUGUCUGUUAAAUUACUCAAAUGUAAAAUGUACAAUUUAUAGAUUUGUCUAUCGAUGGCAGUGUUGUGCUGAAGCAACACAAGCACAAUGAUAAACACGAUUUUUAAAUGUAUUUUAUUUCAGCUUUAUUUAACCAGGUAGGCUAGUUGAGAACAAGUUCUUAUUUGCAACUGGGACCUGGCCAAGAUAAAGCAUAGCAAUUCGACACAUACAACAACACAUAGUUACACAUGGAAUUAACAAAACAUACAGUGAAUAAUACAGUAGAAUAAAAGAAAACAAAAAGUCUAUAUACAGUGAGUGUAAAUGAGGUAAGUUAAGGAAAUAAAUAGGCCAUGGUGGCGAAGUAAUUACAAUAUAGCAAUUAAACACUGGAAUGGUAGAUGUGCAGAAGAUGAAUGUGUAAGUAGAGAUACUGGGGUGCAAAGGAGCAAGAUAAAUAAAUAAAUACAGUAUGGGGAUGAGGUAGGUAGAUAGAUGGGCUGUUUACAGAUGGGGCAGUAUGCUGACUGAAUUAAUAAAACUUUGUCUCAAAGUAUAUCUGAUACUGCACUGUUCAUAACCUGGUCCUCAGGCUGACCAUAGAAUUCUAUGGGAGUGACCUACUGAGUAAAGUAUUUGUCAUCAUUUAAUUUUAGCGAAUCACAAGACUGCGAGGCGUGGCUGCAAAUGGAGGCAAGAGGUUGUGAGGGGUUGUGAGAGAUGAUUGGUUGGUAGAUUAAGCCGAUGCUAAUGAAGGCCAAGUUUGACAUGUUGGUCCACCAGACUCUUUGUACAUCCUGUGGCACAGUGGUUUAAAGCACUGCAUCGCAGUACUAGCUGUGCCACUAGAGAUUCUGGUUCAAGUCAAGGCUCUAUUCCAGCCAACUGCGACCGGGAGACCCACGGUGGGGCACACAAUUUGCCCAGUGUCGUCCCAGGUUAGGGGAGGGUUUGGCCAGCAGGGAUGUUCCGGGGAACAGUGGGUUAACUUCUUGUUCAGGGGCAGAAUGACAGAUGGAUACUGGAUGUGGAUUCGACAAGCAGCGUGUUCAUGUUAUUAUGACAUUAAUGGGUCUGGUGUCAGUAGUGAUUCUGCUAUGGACUGCCACACACGCAGAGGGGGGAGGUGAGCAACAACCAUCAUUACAGUCUGAGUUGUUUUAACAGUCUUUACCUUCUGUCUGUCUCUGUAUGUUUCUGACUUUGACUCUGUCUGUUUAAAAAAACUCUAAUCCAUAGUGAUCACUAGCCACUGUGUCAGUAAACAUCAGCAAAAAAAGCGUAAAUAAAUUGUUGCCAGCAGCACAGUUACAGUCACCAACACUCUGGAUAACAUGAGAACAGCCUAACCAGCUAAAAUGGUUAGAGUGAUGUGUUCCCUCAUUUCUGUCUGGAAGUAACUAGCAAGCUAGCUAACUUUAUCCAGUUAGCUUGGGUGCUUGAUUGCCAUUGUGAGGUCAGAAUGCUUGGAUCAACCCUACUCCUCGGCCAUAGUGACCAGAGUGGCUAAAAUCUCUCUGGUGUAAUCAAUUAGUCAAUAUAGGAAGAACAUAAUGACUCUUAACAAUAAACUACUGAUAUGAUCAUGGAUCAAUUUGUUGAUGAUUUGUUGAUGAUGACAUGCAACCAGAUGCAGAUUACAGACAGACAUGUCUUCUUUGUAUUACAAAUAGUAUCAUAUUUAAAAUAAAAAACAUAUUGUCUACUUUA